UUUCACGCACCUAGCAGGUGUUUAGCCUUUCCCCACUUGUUGCUUAAUUUGAAAAUUGAAGAUGGAUUUAUAAAUUAUGAUAUUAUACUGAGGAGAGCAGAAAAUGUUCGUGGAAGACAUUAAAAAUGACUUCUACAACAGUCUCCUAGGAAAUAGAGUUUUAUUAUUAGUCCACUAUGAUGUGGAUGCAAUAUGUACCUGUAAAAUACUUCAAGACUUAUUUAAAUGUGAUAAUAUAUCUUACACACUUGUCCCUGUUGGAGGUAUAUCUGAAUUGAAGACUGCCUAUGAAGAAAACAACGAAGAAAUCAAAUAUGUAGUGUUAGUGAACUGUGGCGGGACAAUUGAUUUAGUCGAUAUCUUACAACCAGAAGAGGAUGUGGUAUUUUUUGUGUUAGACUCUCAUAAACCUACAGAUAUUUGUAAUGUGUACAGUGACGGACAGGUUAGGGUCAUUUACAAAGAUGAUGAAGAGAACAUUCCAAACUUCAAUGAUAUAUUUAGAGAGGAUGAAGAUGAAGAUGAUCAUGAACCAGAAGAGGAAUUACAGGGAACUGAGAGACUAGAAGCUGUAGUCCAGAAAAGAAGGGAGAGAAAGGCUUGGGAGGAAAGGAGACACACUCUUAUGUUUAAUUACACACAGUUUUCAUAUUAUGGUAAACCGAGUGGUUGUGUGGCUUUGGAGUUGGCGGUUCGUGCUUCUCGCUGUAACACGGCGGCACUCUGGGCUGCCGCGGUUGCGUGCACGGCGCACUCCGCAUUGCACCUGCGGACUAACGCUCGUUGUUUGCUCGACGCCGAACCCCUGCACCGCUAUUUAGCCACACACUCUCAUGCUGAGGGUGCUCGCGUGGUUGUUGAGAAAGACUUGUGUAUACCGUUGUACCGCUGCUGGUCAGUAGAGAGUGCCUUGAGCCACGCUCGCUGCCUGGCGCCCGUGCUGCGUCUGCAUGCUGCCUCCGGCCCCGCGCGCUUGAGACAGCUGCUCGCUGAUAUGGGGUUCCCGCUGCAGCAGGCGCGGCAGGCGUACCGCUCCAUGGACGUGGAGCUGCGUCACGGGCUCCUGUCGGCGCUGGAGUCGGCGGCCCCGCGCCUCCGCCUGCCCGCGCCGGCGCGCGCCGCCUUCCUGCUGCGGCGACCGCAUGCGCACGUGCUCGCCGCGCUUGACACCGUGCUCGCUGUCAUGGCGCUCAUUGAACACGAUACAAUACCCAAAGCGGAUGGUUUUCAGAAGGCCCUGGCGGCGUUACAAAUAACCGGGGAGAAUGAAUCUCUUAAAUUUGGCAUUGCCGCUGCAAAGAGAUCUAUGGAGGCUGUAGGCAGGCUGUCAAAUGGCAUACUAUCUUCUAAAAGUUUAAUGCUAGCGGGACCGUUUAAUUACUUUAUCAUUCAAGAAGGCGUUAGCGAGUGCUGGUGUGUGCGGGGCCCGCUGUGGCUAGGCGAGGUAGCGCGCUGGGUAGCGGGUGCCACGGGUGGCUCGCGACCGCUUCUAGCUUCUGCGCCGCUGUCCGCCACACACUGUCUACUGCUGGGGCUGCCACCGCGCCACGACGCCGAGCCACGCAAUUUAUUCGGGGCAGCUUUUGAACAGGCAGCUACAAAGAGUAGUGUUAGUGUGUCGCUGGACUAUGUGGACACUUCAGUAGUGGUGUUGCCAACCUCACAGCGGACUCAGUUCCUGGACGCGCUCACCGCAUUACUGGCAUGAUCUCAUAACUUACUGUACACAACAUUUUUUAUGUUUAUCUGACUAAUUGAAACACUUAAAUUGUUGGGCACAAGGUUAUAUUUUGUCAUUACUGGAUGCAAUCAUCAUGACCAACACAUAUGACCUACUAUUAACAUGGUUGAAAAGAUUCUCUGACUAGGAAUUAACAAGCACCACAAUGUUCAAAAUCGGUAUUAAUGUGAAUAUUAAUUACAAUAUGACAAGGCUAUCUAGGGAGUUGUGCCUCAUCAGGUUAUUAGCCUCUCACUUUUCUAUAUUGCCACGAUAUAUCUGGGUUAACCUUACCUAACUUUUCUUACCAUUGACUUGAAAAGGCCAUCAGUUGUAACAUGGUUUCACUUCUGGAAUAAGUAUAAAUCAGUCUGUCCUGGGCCGAAUAUUCUACAGUCCAAUGACUAAAAUGUGUAUACAAGAAUAAGUAUAAAUGGAAGUCUGUCCUGGGCCGAAUAUUCUACAGUCCAAUGACAAAAAUGUGUAUACAAGAAUAAGUAUAAAUCGAAGUCUGUCCUGGGCCGAAUAUUCUACAGUCCAAUGACAAAAAUGUGUAUACAAGAAUAAGUAUAAAUCGAAGUCUGUCCUGGGCCGAAUAUUCUACAGUUCAAUGAAUAAAUGUGUAUAGUACAUAAGGCAUUCAGCACACAGUCACUGUCAAAUUUAAAGAUAGAUGUCCUCGAAUUUUCCAGAGCUAUUGCCCGCGAUUUUGAUCGCGUGGAAAUGAUGUGGGUUACCAGAAAUUAUGUUGACCCUUGCUCUGCGAAAGACGAAAUCUAUCCCACUGGAACCGUAAAUUUUCUCAGUAUCAAAAGUGGACCAUCCUUUAUUCCAGAUUAUAAUCUAUCUCUGUGCUAAAUUAAGAGUCUGUUGUUAUUGAGUAACAAACAUCAAAAUUUUCACAUUAAUAAUAUUAGAUUUCAUAUGAUCAUGUCAUAAGAACAAUAUUAUAAAAGAACUAAUUCAAACAAAAAAACUGCAUGUUGGAUACAAAUCUGUUUAACUUUAAAAUUAGACUACCUAUGAAGACAUGUUCAAAACAAAGAGUUUCAAUUUAUUUGAAUAAAUAAUAGUUUUCAGCCAGUUUGUUAAUAUUCAAUAAUUUGUAUCUUAUUUAACAAAAUAUGGCAGGUUACUAUUUAUUCACAGAAUUUGAGCAGAUACCGAAAAAUGUACUUAACCAAUUUUUUGUGAGCUUUUUAGUCUGUGUAUUUGGAACAGUCAAGAAAAAAAACAGUUUAUUUCAUAGGUUAGCUUAUUAAAUAAAUCAUCACAUAACCAACAGUCAUGUACUAUUAAGUAAUUUUUAAAUACUAGAAAUGGAUUUGACUUUAAUUUACUUAUGUUCACCAUGAAAAUAGCAGCUUGUUGACCAUAGAAAUCUAAAUAAGAAUGUCUAGACAUAUCCUGGUUAAAGAUGUCAGCGAGCAAGUAGUGAUGGAUUGGACAUGAAACAAUCUGUAAAUAUGUCAAUACUAAUAUACAAUCUUUACUUAUACCAUAUACCAAUUAAAAUAUUAUAUUUUAUCAGCAAGUCUUAUUUUUAACAAAACAGCUGUUUUUUAAAUAAAAUACGUGUGGAUAAAUUUUCACUCUGAGAUUCUUAAAAAGGAAUUAGCACUAAUAAUAUUUCUAUUACCUUCUUAUUUAAGAUUUCUAUUUUGGUGAAUAGUUAGCUAAUUUAGUACCUGUAAUAAAGUUCAUAGGCUCAACAAAAAAUAUUUUAUAAUCUCUAAAUUGUGUUUUAAAUAUGAUCCAUUUUAGAGAUUUUUUAACCUUAUGUACAAAACUCCUCUAAUUUUCUAAGAAUGUUUAUGAAAUGUGUGUGAAUGAGUGUAAAAAAAUGUUUGUUUAGGGAACACAAUGUUAUUUAUUUUUAAAUAAUAAUUGAAAAUAAAAUUUGUACAUAUGAAAA